AUGUUAAAACAUAUUUACCUUAGAAUUGUGAAUGUACAGAAAAAUUUAAAUAAAAAAAUAAAUGAAUACAAUGUGAGUAAUAUAAAUGAAGAAGGUAUGAACAUGAAUCACAUUUCGAUUUUAAGCAGAAAGGAAAAUCUUUUAUUGAAGAAGAACGAAAAUGUAUACAAUAAAAAUUAUAAUAAUAUAAAUAAUAUGGAAAUGAAACAUAUAUCUGAAAAGAAGGAAAAUAUUAUAAAGAAUAAUUAUUCUAAUGAAAUAUUUAAUGUAGAAAAUUUUUAUGUAGAUAUAUCUAAAAAUAAAAUGACAAAAGGGGUAGGUCAAAAUGAAUAUGAUGUAAUAAAUAAAUUAAAUAAGUGUAAUAUAAAUGAUUCACCUGAUAAUAUAAAUAAAGAUACACAUAGUAAUAAUAUACAUAAUAUGUGUAAUAUAUCUAAUAUGUGUAAUAUAUCUAAUAUGUGUAAUAUAUCUAAUAUGUGUAAUAAUUCAUCUGAUAUAUCUAUUCAGAAUACAUUCAAACAAAGAGGAGAUAAUAUAAAUACACAUAAAAUACAUAAUAACUUACAUUUUAUUCUUCAUUAUUCAAGUUAUCAAAUCAUUAAAAGUUUAAAUGCACCAUAUAAUUAUAUUAAUAAUAAAGAUUAUUUUAUGUCCCUUUCACUAAUAUGUAAUCAGCUAGCCAUUAAUAAAUAUGAAAAUAAAAACUAUUGGUAUAUUUUAAGCACAAAAUUAACAUCAAUUUUAAAAGAAAAAAAUAUUCAUCAGAAUUUUCAUAUUCGAUGGCUAGCUCUCAUUUUAAAUUCAUAUGCUAAAAUAAAUUUUGUUAAUAGAAACUUUUUAAAAGGUUGCUCAGAAUAUAUACAACAUAAUUAUAAAAUAAUGUCCAGUGAAAAUAAAAAGGAUUAUAUAAUUCAUAGUUUUGAUAUAUCUCAAAUUGUCAAUUCAUAUACUAGAUUAAAUUAUAUAGAUGAAAAAUUAUUUUGGUACUUGAAAAAAUAUAUAGAUGAACAAAUUGACGAUAUGAGUUAUCAAUCUAUAAGUAAUAUAUGUAAUGCAUAUUCUAAAUUAUUAAAUAUAGAAAAAUAUGAAAAUAUGUUUUUUAAAUUGGGUAUGAGAAUAAGAGAUAAUAUAAAACAGUUUAAACCUCAAGAACUGGCAAAUAUAUUAAAUUCGUAUUCAAAGUUUUAUAAUAUAUAUAUGAACAACAAUAUACAUGUCAACAAUAAUGUCGAUUACAAAGAUCAUUUAAGUGAUAGUAAUUAUUUAAGUUCUAAUUUUUUAAAAAAGAAAAAAAAGACAUUUCCUUUUUUUGAUAUAUUCAAUAAAGCCAUAUCAUAUAUUCUGUGCAACUAUCAUAAAUUUAUGCCAAUCGAAAUUACUAUGAUUAUUAAUUCCUAUUCGAAAUGCAAUAUUUAUAAUAAUAAUUUAUUUUGUUAUUUAUAUAAUUAUAUUAAAAAAAAUAUACAUAAUUUCCAUCCUACUGAAUUAUGUAUAUUAUGUAAUGCAUAUGCUAAUUUUAAUAAACGAGAAAAUAAAAUAUUUGAUAUGAUAAGAAAUAUAUUGAUGACAAAUAAUAAUAUUAAUAAAUUAGAAGAUGGUAAUACUGCUAUGUUAUUACAUGCAUAUGCUAAAUUAUUAAUAAGAGAUGAAGAAUUUAUUUUGUAUUUACUAAAAAAUAAAAAACAUGUUAUACAAUAUUUAGAUUCAAGAAAUUUAACUUUAUUUUAUGUAUCAUUAAUAAAAUUAAAUAUACAUAUACCUAUAUAUAUAUAUAAUAUAUUUAAAUAUUAUAUAAAAAAAAAAUUAACAACAUUUACAGAUUUAGCUCUUAUUUCUAUAUUAUAUUCAUCAUCAACUAUGUAUCCUCAAUAUUAUUUUGAUAUUCAUUUUAUUUCUCGUAUUCUAUUCUUAUUAAACAAAAGAAAAGCAAACAGUAAAUCCUUUUGUCAUCAAAUGCAUGUCUCACUAUUUGUGAUACACUCAUUAUUUAAUUUAUAUAUUUUUUCUUUACCAUUCUUAUCUUGUAUUUAUCAACUAUUAAAUGUAGUCUAUGAUCAUAUUAACAAACAUAAUUAUUAUGAUAUUAACAAGUCAAAUAUACAAAAAAGAAUAUAUCCCUUCCUUCCAAAAAAUAAUGUGCAUAUUCAGUCUGAAGUUAAUAUAGGUCCCUUCAUUGUCGACUUUUUAUUAUUGCAUAGAUAUAACCAUGCUCAAUAUAUAUAUAUUCACAGAUCAUACAAAUGA